CUAACUGCAUGGUACGGAUCACAUGGACUCCGUUGUUGUUGCCUACUUGCGGAUAGUAUGAUGGCUCAAACAUCCUUUAGUGUUGGUCCAGCAUUGACCACUGCACGUAAUAAUCUACAGACUGCUGGUCAACAUGUAGAUUCCUUCAUCAAUCAGGAUAAAACCUACAAUGAAUUAGCUCAGCUUCUCAAUGUCACUUCAUCAGCUCAUGCUACUGUAAGUGGGAUUAGUGAUGUGGAUUAUCCAUCAUUAUCAUCAUCUUCUGUUGGAUUAGCGGACUUGCCACAACUCAGUCCAGCAAAGCAAGUACCUCUACCUCCAGAACUUGUGGAACAGUUUGGACACAUGCAAUGUAACUGCAUGAUGGGAGUGUUUCCAGAGAUAAGCCGAGCUUGGCUGUCAGUGGACAGCGACAUUUUUGUCUGGAACUAUGAAGAUGGAGGUGACUUGGCUUAUUUUGAUGGUUUAAGUGAAACCAUACUUUGUGCUGGGUUGGUGCGACCUAAACCCAAUAUCUUCCAAAGUCAUAUUCGCUUCUUACUGUGUUUGGUGACCCCUGUGGAGAUAGUACUUCUUGGAGUCAGCUUUGGUCAAGCACAUGAUGAUGUAACUGGAAAUGACUACAGUCGCUGUGAGAUGCAUUUGUUACCAGACCCAUUGUUUUCUAUACCAUCUGACAGUACGUACAUGCUGAGUAUCAAAUCAACACCCAAUGGACGAAUCUUCUUAGCUGGCAAGGAUGGCUGCUUGUAUGAGAUUGUGUACCAGGCCCAGGAUGGAUGGUUCAGUCGCAAGUGUCGUAAAGUCAACCAUUCUAGUAGCUCUCUCUCGUUUCUAGUGCCUUCAUUUCUUAAUUUCUCAGAAGAUGAUCCCAUAGCCGAGAUAACUAUAGAUGAAACUAGACACAUUCUGUACACGCGGUCAGAGAGAGGUACAAUACAGGUGUAUGACAUGGGAUCCGAUGGGUGUAGUAUGAGUCGAGUCACUGCAGUCUCUCACUACUCAAUGAUGAAACAAGCUAUCUUCUAUGCAAGGAACAUUGAUCGAUCUAACUUCAAGCAGGUUGUUCACAUUGCUGCUAUACCUUGUACAGAGUCAAGCAGAUUACAUCUUGUGGCAGUCACACAAACGGGUGUGCGGUUGUAUUUUACAACUAUUCCUUUCCAAGGAGGUUCAAUUGGUGGAGUACAUGUAGGAUCUCGAGAUAGGCCAAUUAAUCUAUGCCUGGUUCAUAUUAGACUACCUCCUGGAUUCACUGCUAAUGCUUCUCAGUAUCGACCAACCAAUGUACAUGCUGCUGUCUACAGUCAAGGUACAAUGCUGUUAUGUUGCUCACAAACAGAAGAGUCAGAUCACUUAUGGUGUCUCAAUCCAGAUUCAUUCCCAUUCCAACGCUCACUCAUGGAAACUCAGGUGACUCAUUCGAUUGGGAGUAGGACGUGGGUUUUAGCUGAGGUUCCAUCUAUCCCACUCCUGACACCAAGGAUUGAUGUAGAGAGACCCAGACAAGCAGAACCACCUAGUGUAGUAACUCAACACACUGUUACAUCACCUUCAUAUGUGCUGCUUAGUUCAAAGGGAAGCUACCUGGUGAAUAAACUGCGUCCAGUGGAUCAGCUGCGUCAGCUCAUGCUCAACAAUAUGGGACCAGAUAACCCUGUGGUUGAAAGCUUCUUUAAACUGCACAAGGAGGAUCAAGCUUGUGCAACCUGUCUCAUCUUAGCAUGUUCAAGGGCAUCAAGUGAUGUUCAAGUUACUGCUUGGGCAACGCAAGCAUUCUUUCAAUAUGGUGGAGCAGCUUCGAUGAAACUGUAUGGAAGUCACAUCCCAAAUACCCCAACUAACCUCUUUGGGGGUACAUCACCUGUUACCGGGCAGAGACCUGAUGUUCAGUUUGCAUCUAUUCCUUCUGUAUCAGGUUUGCAGCCCACUGUAGCCUCUACUCCCUUACCAAAUACUGGUGGAGUCCAGGCUAGGCAGCAACAAGGUCAAACACAGAGCUCCAAUGAUGUGGAGUUCUCAGGAAAGUUCAAGGGACUUUGUCUGUAUUUUGGCAGAAUAACAAGACCACUUUGGGAUUCACUUGUUGCAGUUCAGGCUCCAUCUGUUGGAUAUGGAUCUCAACAAGCUUUGCUGAUGACUAACUUUGAUGAUAAUGAGUUACGAUGGGUCCUGGAUGAAUUGCAAGCAUUGAAUGACUUCUUAGAUAAGAACUCACAGUAUACAGCAGUAGCUGAAAGUGUCAUAUCUACUGGGAUGCUAAGUUUUGUGCGACCUGAUUCUGUGAUAGGAGGACCAAUGGGACAGCUACAAAGAGAACACAACCAAAUGCAACAAGGUGAUGCUGAGAAUGUGGAGAAGAAAGCUUUGCAGAGUUUGCAUCAGUUAAUCAAGAAAAGCUGUGAAGUAUUGGCUCUACUUAAACUACUGUGUUAUCAUCAGUUCCAUUCUCUAGCUGCAGCAUUACCACAGGAUGUUCAGAAUAAGUUGAAGCAGAUGACGUUGAGAGAUCUGGUCAUAAAUGGCAAGGAGGUUUGUGACAUGUUGAUAACAUCACUGAUCAAUCACUACAUUGGAGACAAUGCUACCACUGAUGCAAUAAGUAGCAAUCUACGCGAAAUCUGCCCAUCUAUAUACAGUCAAGAUGAUGCUGUGUGCUCCAAGGCAAAUGAGUUAGUUAAAGGAGCUCAGCAAGCAGAGACACGUUCUAACAGAAAUGCAAUGUUACAGGAAUCAUUGAAGUUAUUUAAGACGAUUAGUCCCAAGUUGAUUCUCUCAGCAGUAUGCAGUGAAUAUCAUCAAGUGCGGUUUUAUGACGGAGUUGUUGAUUUAAGUCUGUCAGCCGCUGAGAAGAGAGAUCCCCAGAACUUAGCUUUGCAUCAUUAUAAGAAUGGUAAACCAUUAGAGGAUGUUCAAGGCUUUCAAGCAUUCACUGCACGGUAUGAAUGUUAUAAGUGUAUAACCGAUAUUCUUGAUGAGUUAUUACUAUUGAGUCAGACCCAUCCUACAUCUCCUGCUGUACCAACACACCCAGGGCCUCCAGCUCAGACUGAUCCUAAUAGACUAUCCAGUCUAGAGUCUAAAACAUAUAUGGAUGAGAUGGUGAAGAAAGCCUUAGCUUCAGAUGAUGAGUUGUUCCAUGUGGCUCUUUAUGAUUGGUUAAUGGAGAAGGGUCUAAAGGAUCGUCUUCUUGAGAUUCAAUCUGUGUAUGUGGAAGAGUAUAUGAAGCGUGCCGCCAUGUACUCAUCUGAUAAUCUACAAAUGAUGGAUCUCUUGUGGAAGUAUCAUGAGAAGUCAGGGAACUAUCCAGCUGCUGCUAGGAUUCUACUCAAACUAGCGGAAAGACAUAGCAUUGAUGUGAUAUUACAUCAGCGUAUUGAGUACCUAUCCCGUGCUGUGAUGUGUGCUAAGAGUAGUAAUCUAAGAACUAGUGUAAGCAGUGAAGGAGAAUUCCUACAAGAACUAGAGGAGAAAUUGGAGGUGGCCAAUCUUCAGCUACAGGUCUAUGAGUCUAUUGCAAGAUUCAGUACAGCUGAUCCUAGAUAUCAAGAAGCAUUGUCUAAACUUAAUGUGGAAUUACAAGAUGUUUCUAAGCUGUAUGGAGACUUUGCUGAUAUUUUCCAUCUUUAUGAAUGUCAACUUGCUAUUGUUCACUGUGCUGGACAUUAUGAACAACAACUGGUUCAAUCUCUGUGGCAACAAAUCAUUGACAAAGAUCUUAAUGACAGUAUUGGUAAACCACAUGAGAGCAGGAUUGGUAUCUUAACCAAUAAACUGCAAUCAUUGGGCCGUAAAUACUUCACAUCAGAACGAUACUUCCCAACAGGCUUUUUGGUUCUCUAUUUGGAGAAGAAGAGUUGUGAAUUGAACUGGGGGACUGUGUGGGUGUUUAGAUGCUUUCUGAGUAUUGGUACUCCAAUGUCUAAGCUACACACUAUAUACGAUGGGCACUUCAAAGCAAAGGAUCCUUUCUGGCAAACGUGUAGACAACCAUUGCAUCUACUCAAUGUCAUAUGUGCAUUACUCGAUACAUUUGCUGAUUCUCCUAACGUUGUACCUGUUCAUGAACGGCGACAGUUUAUUAACGUGUCUCUUGAUGCUAUUGCAAACUACAAGGUGGAGCUGGAAGCUACAACAGGAAGACCACAAACUGUACAAUCUAUAUUGAGUCGCUUCAAGCAAUUACAAGCUAAGCUAGAUCGCUUACAGAUUGCCCAAUCCUAACUAACUGCUUAUUAAUAGAGUCCACUUAAUUGUUGUACUCAUCUAGAGUGGAUUAAAUUAUGCGCACUCGACGAUAUUGCCAAGGAUAUUUAUGUGUUCAUUAAACCACUGGUGUGAAGUAUGUCAUAUUUUAAUCCUGAACAGAAGCAUUGAUUUAUGAAUGUAUUUGGGAACAAAGCAUACAUUUCAUUUUGGGGGGAAAUGGAAUGGUUCAAAUUACUUGUAAAUAAUUGAUGAAUGUUAUGUACUGUAGUGAUAAAACAAUUUUGUUCAAUACAUCAAUGUGUCAAGCAAGUUGGUUUCCUACAACAAUCUAUUCUAAACCUCAAAGUAUUCAAGUUGGUGAUUUGUUGCAUUGUGGCACAACCAGGCCUGAUGCUUUACGUAGGCAACAAAGGUGAUUACCUACAUGCCCCUGGUCAUUGCCUUGGUGCCCUUGAAAUGCUCCAGUAGAAAUUUAUA